AUUCCAUCUCGCUCUGGCGCACAUAAAUUUUCGUGGUGGUGAAACAGUUGUCAUCUGUCAGUGAAUAAAAGGCAAAAAAGAGCAUUUAUCGCGAUAUUUCCGGCAAAUCCCCGCAAAGUUGGUGCGUGGGGUGAUGCUGAUGGUGCCAGUGUAGGCAUCCGUGGUGUCCAAUGUGGUGGAAAGUGCGUGGAUAAGUGGGAAAAAUGACAGUGAAAAUUGCCACCAUCAUCGCCAUCUGCCAUUGAAAGUGCAACCCCGUAGCAUUGAUAAAAAUUUUUCACACUCCACUUCUCGCCAAAAUGUCCUCAGUGGACAUACAGAUUGUGAGUGGGGCGAAUCUGGAGAAAAUUGAGAAUUUCCUCAAUGACUCCACAUACCGGGAAACCAUUGAGUACAGUGCCAGCUUCAAUACGCGCCUGUGCCUGGAGAGACGCCUCCGGCUGCCUUUUCUGGAUCCACAGACGGGCGUAGCACAGAAUCACUGUUCGCUGUUCAUGAGUCGCCGCCAGCGGAUGCCGGGCUUCCGGGAGGGUCAAAUUUACACCUACCCAGCAGCCAGGUGGCGCAAGAGUCGCCGGCAGUACUUGAGUAAGAUGUUCAGGCCAUUCAGUGGCCUGAGACGUAUGGAUUGUGCUCCGGCACCACCACCAGAUGCAGAUAGUGACUUCAAUGGGACACUGCUGGAGGAGAGCUCGUCACUUGGCGGUGCCGAUACCAGCGACAGCAAAGACAGCCAGAACCUCAAGGAAGAACUGCCCAAGGAUUGGUUCUACGAUGACAUGGAUAUGAAUGACCUGGACCAGUUGGAUGAGCCCAAGUCACCAGACGAUGAAUACGACUAUGAUCCGCGCUAUGGGAAUAAGAAGAGGAAAAAGCGCGCCAAGCCGGGAAGGAAGCCCAUGACCACUCUGCAUCCGGAUGCGCCGCGAAAGGGUCGACCGCCGGGUGGGGGUGUGGCGGGUGGCGCCAGGGGCCGCGGUCGGCGUAAGAACCUCGUGCCGGCCGCCACGAUGGGUCAAGGGGGUGGGGCCACGAGUGGUGGGCGAUUGGUGGAGGUCCCUAGUCCACCCACCAUCGAACCGCCGUCGUUCGAGUCGGCGGCGGCCGCCGUGGCCACGACGCCGCGCGACACCAGCAGCCCCAACAGCGAACUCAGAAGCUAUCGGAAGUACCUGUAGGAGUCCGCGUGAGCAUCAAGACAGGGCGAUCUCGCAGUUCGCGAAGCAACCUCCUUUGUACAUAUCCCUGGAUUCCCCAUAAUUUAAUUCUCCUUAUGCAGGCUUCAGACUAAGGCACUCCAUGCCCCAAGAAGCCAAUCCACAUUGGCUUUUCCUUAGAUUUAUUUACUCUAUUCCUCGACUGUAAAAAAAAAACAUCACUGUUUCACGACAAAAUAAAAAAGGGUGACUUGA